AUGUCAGGAACAUUGAAAAAUUUUCGAUCGAUUUGCAAAAAAAUUAUUUGUAUCGGACGAAAUUAUAGUGAACAUGCCAGUGAAUUGGGCAAUACUGUACCAACUAAACCAAUGAUUUUCAUGAAACCUCCAAGUGCUUUCGUGGCGCCACCGAAUGAAAUUCAAAUUCCACCGGAAUGGGACGAACUUCAUCAUGAAGUUGAAUUAGGUGUAAUCAUUGAUCAACAAUGUCGAAAUGUAUCGAAAGAACAGGCGGAAAAGAAUAUUGGUGGUUAUUGUCUUGCACUCGAUAUGACCGAGAGAAAAAUUCAAGAUCAAUUAAAAAAACAAGGGUAUCCGUGGUUAUUAGCCAAAGGUUUCGAUACAUCAUGUCCAUGCGGAGAUUUUAUCGAUAAAAGCCAAAUCAGUCUCUCAUCAUCCGUAAAUAUUUGGCUAAGUGUGAAUGGAAAAAUGAGACAAAAUGGUCAUACACGGGACAUGAUUUUCUCUGUUCCUGAUCUUAUCGCUUAUAUUUCCAAGUAUAUCACCUUAGAGCAUGGAGAUUUGAUUCUGACUGGUACACCAGCUGGUGUGGGUGCGGUAAAACGUGGAGAUCAAAUUGAAGCCGGAUUGAAUGGUGAUAAUAACUUGAAAUACGCAAUGAAAAUCAACGUUGCCUCAAAAUAA